AUGUCGCGUCGUGUCGAGUUCGAUUUAAGCAGCGAGCAGGAAACUGUGGAACGCCGUCGUACGACAACUUUGUCUGGAGUUGACGAGGAUGGAGUUCCGAAUGAAGUUGCCGAUUACUUGGUGUAUUUUGCACGUAUGAUCGACGAGCAAAACGUUCCAGAGAUCUUCACAUUGUAUGAUCAAGCUUUCCCAGAUCUCACUGAAAGAUUUUUCCGCGAUCGCAUGUGGCCCGAUGAGACAAUUGUUGAGAGAAUCAUUGGUCCAGGAAACAAGAUUUUCCUUAUCUUGUACAAAGAGUUGUAUUAUCGUCAACUCUACGCAAGAAACGCUCGAGGGCCACAACUCGUUCACAGAUACGAAUCUUUCAUGAAUUAUCAGGAGCUGUUUUCUGAAUUGCUUUCAAGCAAAGAUCCGGUUCCAUUGAGUCUUCCAAACGCGUGGCUUUGGGAUAUUAUUGACGAGUUUGUAUAUCAAUUUCAAGCAUUCUGUCUUUAUAAGGCGAAUCCGGGAAAAAGAUCCGCUGAUGAAGUUGAAGAACUCAUAAACAUCGAAGAGCAUCAAAAUGCUUGGAAUAUUUAUCCAGUUUUGAAUAUUCUCUACUCUCUUCUCUCGAAAUCGCAAAUAAACGAACAAUUGAAGGCUGUUCGCGAGAAAAGAAAUCCUGAUACCGUAGCUGAUGAAUUCGGACAAUCGGACCUUUAUUUCAAACUUGGAUACUUUGCGUUGAUUGGACUUCUCAGAACUCAUGUUCUUCUUGGAGAUUAUCAUCAAGCUCUCAAAACUGUCCAAUUCAUCGAUUUUGAUCCAAAGGGAAUUUAUAACUCAGUUCCAACAUGCCUUGUUACUCUUCACUAUUUUGUCGGAUUCUCACACUUGAUGAUGCGAAAUUACGGCGAAGCAACACGUCUUUUCGUUAAUUGUCUUUUGUACAUUCAAAGGACCAAGACGAUUCAGACCCAACAACCAACGAAGAAAAAUUUCCAAUACGAUGUGAUUGGCAAAACUUGGGAUCAAUUGUUCUAUUUGUUAGCUAUCUGCUUGGCUGUUCAACCACAAAGAAUUGACGAAAGCAUUGCGUCGCAAUUGGCUGAGCGUUGCGGAGAGAGAAUUAUGCAUAUGUCGAAUGGAAAUAUUGAUGAGUUCAAGAAUGCGUUUGCUACUGGUUGCCCGAAAUUCUUGUCGCCUACGACUGUCGUCUAUGAGGGAAUUAACCAAUCGAAGGAGCCCCUCCUUCGUCAACUUCAGUCGUUUUUAGAGGGAAUCGAAUCUCAAAUGGCUUUGCCAGUUCUUCGUGGUUACUUGAAACUUUACACAACUCUUCCGACCAAGAAAUUGGCUUCGUUCAUGGAUGUCGAUGAUGCUCACUAUGAUUCGUUUAUCGGCAAGCUUUUGACUUAUAAGAUGAUUGUCAACGAGCUCGGCAAGGAUGGCGCAAUUGCUGCUAAUGAUGAUGAUGAGCCAUUGACUGAUAUCGACUUCUACGUUGAUCGUGACAUGAUCUGCAUUGCCGACACCAAAGUCGCGCGGCAUGUUGGCGAACACUUUAUUCGGCAUAUUCAGAAGCUUAAUGAGGUCCAAGAGAUUUUGGGAAGAAUUGAAAGCAAACAGUAA